GUUGCUUCCGCUCCCGGGAGGCAAGAAUGCCUCCCAGUAUGCCUGUGAGGUGAGACUUGGAGGCUUCCCGCGGUCCUUCAGGUGCGGUCGUGCUCCCUGCGUGUCCCUUGGGGACAGAGUCUGUGGUCCGGGAGACGCAGGCGGCGGCGGUGGCUGCGGCAGCGAUCGGUCCUCUCUAGCUGGGCUGUGCCUGAGUCCACGCUGCCCAGGAUUCCUGGACCCAUCUCAGCUGCUUGUGGAACCCCGGGGACAGUCUAGCUUCCCACGGGAGCCUGGCGGAAGACCUGUGAUGACAGAUGGCCAGUGUCCUGAAGCCUUAAGUGCUCGCUUCCCAGAGCCCUGCCUUGUCUCAAAGAGAAGAGAACAAUGACCAAGUUACAGGAGGCCGUGACCUUCAGGGACGUGGCCGUGGUCUUCAGUGAGGAGGAGAUGGGGCUGCUGGACGCUGCUCAGAGGAAGCUGUACCUCGAUGUGAUGCUGGAGAACUUCAGGAACCUCCUGGCCGUGGGAGGCCAAGUUCCAAACAAGAUGGAGAAUCUUCAUAUAAUAGGAGUAAAAUGCCUUUCACUGGGGGAGCUUCCAUGUUGGCACAUGACAAGCCAUGAUGCCAACAAAAUGGCCAGAGCUCCAGAAGGUGUAAUCAACACUCAAGGGAGGGUUUCCCACUUCCCAGAGCAAUGGCAUUUCUCCUGCUACAAGGGAGCAGAAGAGCCUUCCCGGGCCUCCAAGGACAAUGGUUGUCUUAAGAGUCUCACAAAUGACCCUUCCAGCAUUACUGAAAGUCAGAAAUUUCUGUCUGGGAGAGCUCAGAGUUCUUGGAGUAAAAAACAUCUUAUUGAGAGACAGAACUAUCAGAAACACUGUGUGUGGACUCCAGUGAAAACCAAGCCAUGGAUCUUGGCUCCAGGUGUUGACAGAAUGAAUUGCAUUUCCCAUCAAGAUGACAAUACACUGCAUAAAGGAGACAAAGCCCAGAGCAACAGUGACUGUGGUGGUAAAGUUAUCUUUCCUGUGUUACCUGUCACUCAGCGUUGUGUUUACACAGAAAGGAAGGCCUACCAGCGCAGCAAGGGCCAAGAAGCCUUCAUUGACAGACCCACUCUGGAACUCCAUCAGCAGGUCCUAGUAGGAAAAAAGGCCCCUGUACAUAGUACACAUGAGGACACAAGGCGUAGCUCCAGUGUUCCCAUUCAAAAAAGUGUUCAUCCAGGAACAAAGCGCUACUGGUGUCAGGAGUGUGGCAAGGCUUUCAGUCAGAGCUCAGCUCUCCAGACUCACCGGAGGGUGCACACAGGGGAGAAACCCUACAGGUGCAACAGCUGUGGGAAGGCCUUCACACAGUGGUCAAUCCUCCAUGCCCACCAGAGAAUUCACACAGGAGAGAAGCCAUAUAAGUGUGGAGACUGUGGCAAACGGUUCAGAUUUAGCUCAAACCUGCACACCCACCAGAGGGUUCACACGGGGGAGAAACCAUACAAAUGCCACAUGUGUGGGAAGUGUUUCAGAUUCAGAUUCAGACUUCACAGCCAUCAGCGCGUCCACACAGGAGAGAAGCCAUAUAAAUGUGACAAGUGCGGGAAGAGUUUCAGUUCUGUCUCAAACUUCAAAGUCCACCAGCGGGUCCAUACAGGAGUGAAGCCAUUUCACUGCAGUGUGUGUGGGAAGGGCUUCAGUCAAGGCUCCCGUCUUCAGGCUCAUCAGAGUGUGCACACAGGGGAGAAGCCCUACCAGUGUGACCGCUGUGUGAAGGGCUUCAGCUGCAGCACAUAUCUCAACAUCCACUGCUGGGUGCACUCCGAGGAGAAACCUUACAAGUGUGAGGUGUGUGGGAAGGGCUUCUUGAGGAUGUCACGCCUCCAGGUCCACAAGAGAAUUCACACAGGAGAGAAGCCAUACACAUGUGAAGAGUGUGGGAAGGGUUUCAGUUCGGUCUCAAGCUUCCGAAGCCACCAGCGGGUCCAUACAGGUGAGAAGGCAUUUCGCUGCAAUGUCUGUGGGAAAUGUUUCAGUCGGAGCUUACAUCUUCACACUCAUCAGAGAGUACACACGGGGGAGAAGCCCUACAAAUGUGACACAUGUGGGAAAGCCUUCAGCCAGAGAUCCAGUCUCCAAGUUCAUCAGCUAAUUCAUACAGGAGAGAAGCCAUAUAAAUGUGAAGAGUGUGGGAAGGGUUUCACUUCAGCCUCAAGCUUCCAAGGACACCAGCGGAUCCAUACAGGAGAGAAGCCAUUUCAUUGCAAUGUGUGUGGAAAAGACUUUAGCCGGAGCUCCUAUCUUCAAACUCACCAGAGAAUGCACACGGGUGAGAAGCCCUACAAAUGUGACACGUGUGGGAAAGCCUUCAGCCAGAGGUCCCAUCUUCAAGUCCAUCAGAGAAUUCACACCGGAGAGAAGCCGUUCAAGUGUGAGGAGUGUGGGAAGGAAUUCAGCCAGCGUACGGGGCUAAGUUCUCACCAGAUAGUCCACAAGGAAGAGAAACCCUACACGUGUCGGGAGUGUGGGAAGGGCUUCAGUCAGGCCUCACUCUUCGAAAGACACCAGAGGGUCCACACAGGGGAAAGGCCCUACAUCUGCGGCAUCUGCUGCAAAGGCUUCAGUCAGAGAUCACAUCUUGUCAAACACCAGAGGGUCCACACUGCAGGGAAUCUCUAGGUUUGUUCUGCUGUCAGGUGGGCCCCAUUCUGCUGAUUGUUAAAAGCUCCCCCUCCCCCAACCCAGAGGGUUCAGAAGACCUCACAGGGGAUUAUAUUUUGGUUAUUUUUCCAUAAAGUCUUUAUCUUACUGUAUUCAUUAUGCAAAGGGAAGAUAGUAUUUUAGAAUGGAUCUUAGCAUACAAAGUAAAAAAUUAAAAACUUAUAUAGAAAACA